GCUGCUGGGUCAAAAAAAAAAACACUCUGAACAGUACCACUUCCCAUAAAUACAACUCACAAGUCGCAACAAAUGCGUUACCAAUCGGAAUCCGUUAACUUGAUCUGAAUUUCGUUUCAAAAACUCGUCGGAAAACCGCUUAAUUUCCCCGCCUACAUUACUAAGCUUCAUUUCACUGCUCACACUUGGGACACUUAUAUAUAUCCUCUUUCUCCCUCUCUCUUGAAAAGUUGAAAACCACAUGAUUGCAGCCACUUCUCCUGUCAACUCCGCAUCCCCGAUCCCCGCCCCGAACCCGACCCGAACCCGCCUCCCGCGCCAGCUCCGCCUAGGGUUUCCUUCCUUCUCCGAGCCAAGGCUCUGUGCGACGCGGCCCAGGAUGGACUUCCUGCACAGAAUCGUAGGCGGAGGCUGCUUCCGGGGAUCCACGCGCCAGGGGCUGAAGGUCGAGAUUGAUAGCGGCGGCGAGGAUAUCUUCGAUGCCGCCGCCGCCGCCGCCAACAACGCCGUUCCCGAACAUCUCGUCGUCAUGGUCAAUGGAAUUAUCGGCAGUGCUUCAGAUUGGAGAUAUGCUGCAGAUCAGUUUGUGAAAAAGCUUCCUGAUAAAGUAAUUGUGCACCGCAGUGAAUGUAACUCUUCUAGAUUGACAUUUGAUGGAGUUGACUUGAUGGGUGAGAGGCUAGCUGAGGAGGUAUUAGCUGUUAUCAGAAAAAGGUCAGAGGUGCGGAAAAUUUCCUUUGUCGCUCACUCUUUGGGGGGGUUGGUUGCAAGGUAUGCUAUCGGGAGGCUGUACGAACCUUUUCCAAAACCCGAACCCUCAGGUGAUAAUGGUAAUUGCUUAAUUGAAGCGAAUACAAAUAAUUUGACACAAUCCCUUGACCAGCCUCACCAAGGUACGAUUGCUGGAUUACAAGCUAUGAAUUUUAUAACGGUUGCAACACCACAUCUUGGCUCAAGGGGAAAUAAACAGCUCCCAUUUCUCUGUGGUCUUCCCUUUCUUGAAAGAAGAGCUUCUCAAGCUGCCCACUUUAUUGCGGGGAGAUCCGGGAAGCAUCUCUUCCUAACAGAUAAAGACGAUGGCAAACCUCCCCUUCUUCUUCGAAUGGUUAAUGACUCUGACGACCUGAAAUUCGUGUCAGCAUUACGUGCAUUUAAGCGUCGUGUGGCAUAUGCUAAUGCAAAUUUUGAUCAUAUGGUUGGGUGGAGAACAUCAUCGAUUCGACGUCAACAUGAACUUCCGAAGUCCAAUCUACUUGUAACAGAUGAGAAAUAUCCACAUAUUGUACAUGUGAAACAAGAAACUUUUGAUGAUAUUCAUAAUAAUGCAUCUUCUGCUGCUGAAAACCAAAAUAUUGACUUGGAAGAGGCGAUGAUCAGAGGUCUCACUCAAAUACCAUGGGAACGUGUAGAUGUCAGCUUUCAAAAGAGCCGACAAAGAUACAUUGCUCAUAAUACCAUUCAGGUCAAAAGGUAUUGGUUGAAUUCUGAUGGUGCUGAUGUGGUUUUCCAUAUCAUAGAUUACUUCCUUCUCUAAGGCUUUUUUAAGUUUUAUUUUUUAGGAAUAGGUGAUUGAGCAAUGGAACUGUUACGUUAUGAUCGCUAUCAUCAUUUUUAAAGUUUAUCAUUGUACAUUAUACCGAUGAUGUUGUGAUGUAUCAUAUGUAUAUUUGAUGUCAAAUGUAAAUUCAUUCAUUAUUUGUAA